CCGGGCGGGGCCGGCGGGAGCGAGCCUGGGACGUGCUCGGGGCUGGGUAUGGAACGCGAGUUCCCGAGGUGGGCUCAUGAAAAUGCUUCCCCACGGGAAGGAAAGCGCGUAGUGCCAGUGUUUCAGAUGUAGAUGACAAGCUGCCCAGGGCAGAUCUGGAAGGCUCCCACUGCUCCUUAACUGGUGUAUGUGUCUAACCCUAAACUGUGCGUUAUGGCAGACAAAUUAACGAGAAUCGCUAUCGUCAACCACGACAAGUGUAAGCCAAAGAAAUGUCGGCAGGAGUGCAAGAAGAGCUGUCCUGUGGUUCGAAUGGGAAAACUUUGCAUAGAAGUCACAUCACAGAGCAAAAUAGCAUGGAUUUCAGAAACACUUUGUAUUGGUUGUGGUAUUUGCAUCAAGAAAUGUCCUUUUGGAGCCUUGUCAAUUGUUAACUUACCUAGCAACCUGGAGAAGGAAACAACACACAGAUACUGUGCCAAUGCCUUCAAACUUCACAGGUUGCCUAUCCCUCGUCCAGGUGAAGUACUGGGAUUGGUUGGAACCAAUGGUAUUGGAAAAUCAACUGCCUUGAAAAUUUUAGCAGGAAAACAGAAGCCAAAUCUUGGAAAAUAUGAUGAUCCACCUGACUGGCAAGAAAUUUUGACUUACUUCCGAGGAUCUGAAUUACAAAAUUAUUUUACCAAGAUCCUGGAGGAUGACCUUAAAGCUAUCAUUAAACCUCAGUACGUGGACCAGAUCCCUAAAGCUGCAAAGGGAACAGUGGGAUCAAUUCUGGAUAGGAAGGAUGAAACUAAGACACAAACUGUUGUAUGUCAGCAGCUUGACUUAACACACCUGAAAGAAAGGAAUGUUGAGGACCUUUCAGGAGGAGAACUUCAGAGAUUUGCUUGUGCAGUUGUUUGCAUUCAGAAGGCUGAUAUCUUCAUGUUUGAUGAACCUUCCAGCUACCUGGACGUCAAGCAGCGCUUGAAGGCUGCCAUUACCAUUCGCUCCCUAAUAAACCCUGACAGGUACAUCAUUGUUGUAGAGCACGAUCUAAGUGUGUUAGAUUAUCUCUCUGACUUCAUCUGCUGUCUGUAUGGUGUGCCAAGUGCUUAUGGGGUUGUAACCAUGCCUUUCAGCGUAAGAGAAGGCAUCAAUAUUUUCCUAGAUGGCUACGUUCCAACAGAAAAUCUAAGGUUUCGAGAUGCAUCUCUGGUAUUCAAAGUAGCUGAGACAGCUAACGAAGAAGAGGUUAAAAAGAUGUGCAUGUACAAAUACCCAGGCAUGAAAAAAAAGAUGGGAGAAUUUGAACUAUCCAUAGUAGCUGGAGAAUUCACUGAUUCUGAAAUCAUGGUGAUGUUAGGGGAAAAUGGAACUGGCAAAACAACAUUUAUCCGAAUGCUUGCAGGAAGACUUACACCUGAUGAAGGAGGUGAGGUCCCAGUCCUAAAUGUCAGCUACAAACCACAGAAAAUCAGCCCUAAAUCCACGGGGAGUGUCCGGCAGCUGCUGCACGAGAAGAUCAGGGAUGCCUACACCCACCCGCAGUUCGUGACUGACGUGAUGAAACCCCUGCAGAUAGAGAACAUCAUUGACCAGGAGGUGCAGACGCUGUCGGGGGGCGAGCUGCAGCGCGUGGCGCUGGCGCUGUGUCUGGGCAAGCCUGCAGACGUGUACCUGAUCGACGAGCCCUCGGCCUACCUGGACUCUGAGCAGCGCCUGAUGGCUGCCAGAGUCAUCAAACGUUUCAUUCUCCAUGCUAAAAAAACAGCUUUUGUGGUAGAGCAUGAUUUUAUCAUGGCUACGUAUCUCGCUGAUCGUGUGAUUGUUUUUGAUGGCAUUCCUUCCAAGAACACGCUGGCAAACAGCCCACAGACUCUCUUGGCCGGAAUGAAUAAGUUUUUAUCUCAGCUUGAAAUCACUUUUAGAAGAGACCCCAACAAUUACAGACCAAGAAUAAACAAACUCAAUUCCAUCAAGGAUGUGGAACAAAAGAAGAGUGGAAACUACUUCUUCCUGGAUGACUAAAUACUGAAUCCCAGCAUCUUUUUACCUGGCAUCUAAUGCAUAUUGGAAUCCGAACAGCUGUGAUGAGAUGGCUCAGAUCAGGUUUUAGAACAAUUAAUCUUUUGGAGCUUAAAAUCUCUUGCUGCAUUUAACAUCUGAGACAGUAGCAGUAAACAUUUUAGUCUGAGUAAAACUGCCACUUUCUAUAUUUUGGUGACACAGCUCUAUUUCCAGUGUAAUAAUUUAAAACAAACCACCUUGAGAUUGUGCAAAUGGGUCUCCUGAUUUUUCAAAAUUAAUGGAGGUUUUCAAUUCAAUAUAUCCUAUUCAUGUACCAAGUACUGACUGAACUUCCUCAUUUUAAAAUAAAUCUUUGAAGCUGUUUCUGUAUAA